GUCCAUGAGGAAUGUAGUGUCUGUAUGAUUUAAAAAUAGCACCAUCUCAUCCUCUGCCUGACACGCUGCUCCUGUGAGUCUCAUAGUGGUCUCAUAGUGGUGCGAGCAGCAGGAAUGUGAAGAUGGCUACAGAUCUGGGAGAGCUACUGGUCCCGUACAUGCCCACCAUUAGAGUACCGAGGACAGGAGACAGGGUUUUCAAGAGUGAAUGCGCUUUUUCCUACGACUCUCCUGAAUCAGAAGGAGGUCUGUAUGUGUGUAUGAACUCAUUCUUGGGUUUCGGAAGAGAACACGUGGAGAGACAUUACCGGAAAUCUGGACAGAGUGUUUACAUGCACUUAAAACGGCAUGUGAAAGAGAAAGCCACAGGUGCUGCAGGGGGUGCCUUACCAAGAAGAAGAAAUGGAAAAGUAUUUUUAGAUUUAGAACUUAACCGUGAUUUUAAUGGAGAUGAUUAUGAGUAUGAAGAUGAAGCCAAGCUUGUCAUAUUUCCAGACCACUUUGAGAUUCCUUUACCAAAUAUUGAGGAGUUGCCCGCACUGGUGACAAUAGCCUGUGACGCUGUCCUCAAUGCUCCAUCUCCAUACAAAAAAAAGGAGUCUGAUUCAUGGGAAGAGGAGAUCCAAGUAUCUAGACAUGCCAGAAGUCUCAGACAGCAGGAGAAUGACGUUCGGAUUCCUCCCAGUGGCUGGAAGUGCGCCAAGUGUGAAAUGAGAGAGAACCUAUGGCUAAACUUGACGGAUGGAUCUGUCCUCUGUGGGAAAUGGUUCUUUGAUGGGAGUGGAGGGAAUGGACAUGCCCUUGAGCACUACAGAGAAACCAACUUCCCCCUGGCAGUUAAGCUUGACACAAUAACACCAGAUGGAGCAGAUGUUUAUUCCUUCGAUGAAGAAGAAGCAGUGCUCGAUCCUCACAUAUCAGAACAUUUGUUACACUUCGGAAUAGAUAUGCUGCAAAUGCAAAGGACAGAGAAUGGCAACCAUACAGACAACCACGUGCAGCUGCGAGUGAGCGACUGGGAAGUGAUUCAGGAGACGGGGCUAAAGCUGAAGCCUGUCUAUGGCUCAGGAUAUACAGGCAUCAAAAACCUUGGCAACAGCUGCUACCUUGGCACCACUAUGCAAGUUCUGUUCAGUAUUCCAGAGUUUCAGAGAGCGUAUGUUGGGAGUCUACAGAGAAUAUUUGACUACUCACCUCUUGAUCCAACUCAGGACUUCAACACACAGAUGGCGAAACUAGGCCAUGGACUUCUCUCAGGCCAGUACUCUAAACCUCCAAUGAAAUCAGAACUCAUUGAACAGGUGAUAAAAGAAGAAUACAAGCAGCAGCAAAGAGGAAUUUCACCAAAGAUGUUUAAAGCUCUGGUCAGUAAAGGACACCCAGAGUUCUCCUCAAACCGGCAACAAGAUGCUCACGAAUUCUUCCUGCACUUAAUUAACCUAGUUGAGAGGAACAGUAGUGGCUCUGAGAACCCCAGUGAUGUGUUCCGUUUCAUAGUGGAGGAGCGGAUCCAGUGCUGUCAGUCACAGAAAGUGCGGUACACACAGAGAGUGGACUAUCUUAUGCAGCUGCCUGCACCCCUUGAGGCCGCCAGCAAUAGAGAGGAGCUUAUAGCAUAUGAGAGUAAGCGAAAGGAAGCUGAGGAGAACAUGCGGCCCCUUCCAGAGCCAGUGAGAGCACGAAUCCCCUUCACUGCCUGUCUACAAGCCUUCACUGAGCCGGAGAAUGUUCCAGACUUCUGGAGCUCUGCACUGCAAGCCAAGUCAGCCGGAGUGAAGACGUCUCGCUUUGCAACCUUUCCUGAGUACAUGGUAGUACAGAUGAAGAAGUUCACAUUUGGGGUGGACUGGGUACCCAAAAAGUUAGAUAUUUCUGUAGAUUUACCUGAUUUCCUGGACUUAAAUCGUCUCCGGGCCACAGGGCUACAGCCAGGAGAAGAGGAAUUGCCUGAUCUUACACCUCCCAUUGUCAUUCCUGAAGAUACCAGAGGCAGUUCAACAAACAACUCUUUGGAAUCUCCAGAAAUAGAUGAAUCAUCUGUGAUGCAACUGGCAGAGAUGGGCUUCCCUCUGGAGGCCUGUCGGAAGGCAGUAUACUACACUGGGAAUAUGGGGGCAGAGAUGGCCUUUAACUGGAUAAUAGCGCACAUGGAAGAGCCAGAUUUUGCUGAGCCUCUGGCAGUUCCCACUUAUAUGGAACCAGACCUGCCCAGUCCCAGCCUUCCUGCUAUUAGUCCACUACUAGACAACCAGCCUCCAGAAGAGAGCAUCUCCAUCCUUACUUCCAUGGGCUUCCCCAGACAUCACACUAUCAAGGCUCUCAAAGCCACAAAAAACAACUUGGAGCGAGCUCUUGACUGGAUAUUUACCCACCCAGAGUGUGAGGAUGAGAGUGAGGCUAUGUCAGACACAGCAGACACAGAGCCAAAUGAUAACAGCUUCUCAAACGCCAAUGCCUACACUGACUCCUCACUGUCUCCAGAUCAGGACCCGUCCAGUCCCCGCGUCAGAGACGGACCCGGGCGUUAUGAGCUGUUUGCCUUCAUCAGCCACAUGGGAGCAUCUACAAUGUCGGGUCAUUAUGUCUGUCAUAUCAAAAAAGAGGGAAGAUGGCUGAUUUACAAUGACCACAAAGUGUGUUUGUCAGAGAGGCCUCCUAAAGACUUGGGCUACAUGUACUUUUACCGGCGCCUGUCAAGCUGCUAGAUCUGGAUCUUCAUAAUAUUAUGCACUGCCGUUAGGCCAGAGAGUUAUGGGACACCACUGACACUGCUGGAAACUACGGGAGCAUUUACAUCUGUGAGGAGGAGAGAGGAACUCUCAGUUCCUGCCAAGACCUGCACAGACCCUCACACCACAGGAACGGUCAAGCAGGGAAACAAAUGAUUUCUGUCUGUCUAUGUUGUGACUGUUUGUUCGUUUUGUGUCUGCUUUAAAGGUAUAGUGGGGUGCGCGCAAUUUUAGGUAUGCAGAUUAUUUUCCUAAUAUAUUCUUUUUUCUCCCCAAUUUGGAAUGCCCAAUUCCCAAUGCGCUCUAAGUCCUCGUGGUGGCGUAGUGACUAAGUCCAUCCGGGUGGCGGAGGACGAAUCUCAGUUGCCUCCAAGUCUGAGACCGUCAACCUGCGCAUCUUAUCACGUGGCUCAUUGAGCACGUUGCCGCGGAGACAUAGCGCGUGUGGAGGCUUCACGAUAUUCUCCGCAGCGUCCAUGCACAACUCACCACGCGCCCCACCGAGAGUGAACCACAUUAUAGCGACCACGAGGAGGUUACCCAAUGUGAAUCUACCCUCCCUAGCAACCGGGCCAAUUUGGUCGCUAAGGAAACCUGGCUGGAGUCACUCAGCACGCCCUGGGAUUCGAACUCGCGAACUCCAGGGGUGGUAAUUUUCCUAAUAUAUUCUCAAAUUAUUUGUUACAUUUCUCUUUUAAUACUUUGAGCUCCUGUGCCAGUAUUUAUCAAGACAUACUUCUUUUGAAACUAUAAUGUGUGCCUGCAUUUAAAAGUGUUAUUACUGCCAUCUCAGUAGAAAGCCGAAUGUACAUCAGUUUAUUUCAUGUCCUUUGGGUUACCCAGUUCUUUUACCCAGUACUGAAACAACUUAAAAAUCUAUUAGAAUGGAUUUCAGAUAGAUCUGCCACGAAGUGGCUGAAGGGUGCUAUUGAUUCAUGGCAUAAAGUGAUUUUCUCACAGAAAUUUUACAUGCGUAUGUUUAGAGUCAUGGCCAUAAAGAAAGAAGUCAUGCACAGAGAGAAAUGGUUUCUAUGUUUUUUGCAGGCCUGUGUAUUGAAAUAUUGGACUGUGAUCCUUGUUAGGUAAGCCUUACAUGUUGCUGUUUGAUAUGUGCUACAGUAGAUAGAUACUACUAGCAUUAGGGAUUGAUCUUUCAGGUUUUUUCUCCUGGAGCAGAAGUUGGUCUAGUUAACAUACCUGUAGGCAGAAGAACUCUGAUGUAACUUUCAACUUAAACUUGGAAAAAGUAAAAGUCCAAUCCGUUGUUGCAAUUUUAUGAUUGGCAUAGCUUAAAGGAUAUUUCUUUUGAACACUAUCAUCAUUUUCAUCUUUUUGGUUCAUGUGGGCAUGCCCUUUAAGUCUGUGAUGGCUUUUAGUCAGUUUGUGAUUGCUGACCUGAAAAUGCACCAAUAUCAAAUUUUCUUGCAAUGUUCAAGUGCUUUGAUGAUAUCCUUAGCAGUUUAAAAACUGGGAUCAGUUUGAAGUAGUUUGUUUCAUCUUGAUUUCAGUCUUAAAGAAUGUAAUACUGUUUUUAUCCGGUACCUAAGCUAUAUGUAAGGACAAAAAGAACAGAAUUAUAUGCAGUGUUAUACAAAGAACUGUCUCAGAUAAAUGGAUGUAUUCUUUCUGGAACUCAUUGUUACCAAAUUCCCCUCAAGCUUUAUGACAUAUCUGACAAACUUGGCUCCACCCACAUCAACCUCACACUUACCGAUUUGUUAUUACUAAACAAAACACUAAUGUAUACUUGGCAGGUACUCUUUAAAGUGUUAUAUUACAACAUAAGGCUCAGUCUGAAGUUUAGCAGCACUGAAUUCAUUGUUUUAUUACCUCUCAGGCUGAGGUGGGGCCUGCGCAUCUCAAUUUAGUUCAACUGAAUAUUGCACAUACUGCUGUAGACUGCACCCUGUUAUUUUUCUUUAAAUUGUGCACUUUCUGUUAAGUUGGGAGUUCAGGUGUCUUCACAGGGCCUUUUCCAUUUACAUUUUUUGUCCAUUUGUCUUUCAGUUUUUUUCAUUUGCUUAUCCAUACAAGGCUUCUUAAAGGGUUCCCUCUCGCUCUUGUUCUCUCCCUUUUUUUCUCUCACUUGAUUGAAUGAAUUUUUGUACCCAUCUCCACUCUCUCCUUUCUGUCUCUCUUGUCUUUAUAUUGUGUUUGAAAGUGGAUGCAUUUACCCCAUCUUUCUCAAAUAUAUUAUCAGUAUGUGCACUAAAAGGUUAGUCAGUUGACAUUUUGCAAUAUAUUAUUGAUCUUUAGUGGGUUCUGUUUUUCAUGGAACUGAAGGUCAAGUGGUACAUUUUUAUUGUUAAGCUCUUUUUUGAAAAAAAAAAAAAAAAAAAAAAGUGUGCCAAUUAUGUAGUUACUAUACAAACUUGCCAACUUCUUUGUUAUAAGUUGUUUUUUAAUGGAUUUUCCUAUCCAUACAUUAUAUUGUUUGGAACACACAAUCAUGGCUAAUGUGGGAUUCCUCAUUCUAAAAUCUGUUCAAUCAUACUUUUGACUCAUAAUGUUUGUAUUGUUCAAUAAAGUCCACAGUUGUUAAUGU